AUGGAUCCGUACAGCCGGCGAUCGACGUGGAACAUCGUCCGCUCUGCACGGGAGGGCCGCGUGGUCGUCCUGACGACGCACUUCAUGGACGAGGCAGAGAUUCUGGGAGAUCGCGUUGCCAUCAUGUCCGAGGGCCAGUUGAUGGUCUGCGGCUCCACAUUGUUCCUCAAG